AUGUAUCGCAGCCCACCGCCGACGCAUCACAAAUCCGAGUUCGAUCAAUACCCGAUGCAUGAAACGAACUUUUCUCCUCGUCCUGGUGACAGAGGAUCGCCCUUUGCAGAUCCAUACAUGGACCCGCCAAUGCAACGCAACAACUUUGACCAUCAACCAUUACUUCAGCAACCAGCAUCACCCUAUGUAGGUGGAUCACCACGCCCUGUACAAUUCAUGCCGGGAUCCCCAAAUCCACGUUACGGUGAAGCUCCCCGACGUCAACCUCGCCGAUACAAAACGACUCGCAAAGUCAAGCUUACCCGUGGUAAUUUGGUUCUUGAUUGUCCUGUGCCUACAAGAUAUCUGCAAGCUGUACCAAUCAAGGAAGGCAAGGAGUUUACGCAUAUGCGCUAUACAGCUGCCACCUGUGACCCAAAAGAUUUCGCAUCCCAAGGAUACACACUUCGUCAACAGCUAUUGGAACGAGACACAGAGCUCUUCAUUGUGUUGACCAUGUACAACGAAGAUGAGGUUCUCUUUGCUCGUACAAUGCAUGGUGUUAUGAAGAACAUUGCUCACUUGUGUGGUCGUGAUCGAUCAAGAACAUGGGGUCAUAAAGGAUGGCAGAGGAUCGUUGUGUGUGUUGUAUCCGAUGGUCGUAACAAGAUCAAUCAGCGUACUCUCUCUUUGCUCGCUACAUUGGGUGUAUAUCAAGAUGGUGUUGCCAAGAAUAUGGUGGGCGAUAAAGAAGUAACUGCCCAUAUUUAUGAGUACACAACACAACUUUCCGUUGAUCCCGAUAUGAAAUUCAAGGGUGCUGACAAGGGCAUUACUCCAUGCCAGAUGCUUUUUUGUCUCAAGGAAAAGAACGCUAAAAAGAUCAAUUCGCAUCGUUGGUUCUUGCAAGGCUUUGGCCCAUUGAUUCGCCCCAAUGUGUGUGUCCUGAUUGAUGUUGGCACUCGCCCUGGUGGUACAUCUAUCUAUCAUUUAUGGAAAGCCUUCGACAUCAAUUCCAAUAUCGCUGGCGCCUGUGGCGAAAUUCGUGCAAUGACUGGCACCGCUGGUGUCGCAUUACUCAAUCCAUUGGUGGCUGCACAAAACUUUGAAUACAAGAUGUCCAAUAUCCUUGAUAAGCCUCUCGAAUCAGUAUUCGGUUACAUCUCUGUGUUACCAGGUGCAUUUUCUGCAUAUCGUUAUACAGCUCUGCAAAAUGACGUCAAUGGCCAUGGUCCUUUGGAAAAGUACUUUUUGGGUGAAACCAUGCAUGGUGGUGACGCUGAUAUCUUUACUGCCAACAUGUAUCUCGCCGAAGAUCGUAUUCUUUGCUACGAAUUGGUCGCCAAAAAGAACGCACAUUACGUCUUGCAUUAUGUCAAUAGCAGCUAUGGUGAAACUGAUGUCCCUGACAAGGUGGAUGAGUUGAUCUCCCAAAGAAGACGUUGGCUGAACGGUUCAUUCUUUGCUGGUGUAUAUGCUCUUUGGCAUUGGCGUAAAGUGUGGUCGUCCGAUCACUCCUUCAUCCGCAAGCUGGUUUUUAUGGUGGAGAACUUGUAUAAUACCUACAAUUUGAUUUUCUCAUGGUUUGCCAUUGGCAACUUUUAUCUUACUUUUUAUAUUCUGACCAAGGCCCUUGGAGCCGAUACACUUGAUCCCCAGCCAUUUUCUCCCGACAUUGCCAACAUUCUACAUACGGUGCUCAACUACAUUUACGGCCUCUUGAUGAUUGUGCAAUUUGUGAUUGCUUUGGGUAACCGGCCACAAGGAUCUAAAUGGCUUUACACGGGCAGCAUGGUAUUCUUUGCUUUAUUGAUGGGCUACAUGUUAUUUGCCACUGUUUGGAUUACUAUUGUCGGCAUUACUUCAGCGAUCGAAGAUUCGGAUGGAUCAUUUACGUCAAUGAUGGGUGGAGAAUUGUUCCGCAACAUUGUGGUGUCCGUGUGUGCAACCUAUGUCAUGUAUUUUGUGGCCAGUUUCUUAUUUUUGGAUCCUUGGCACAUGUUCACGAGCUUUAUUCAGUACAUCUUUUUGUCACCAUCCUACACCAACAUCCUCAAUGUGUAUGCAUUUUGCAAUAUCCACGACGUAUCAUGGGGUACCAAGGGCGACAACAAGGUGAACACCGAUCUUGGUGUCGUGCAAGCGAAGAAGGAUGAAUCGGGUGAGCAUACAGCCGAAAUUGAUUUGCCCACAGAGCAAAAGGACAUGAAUGAAGCAUACGAGGCGGCAUGCAUUGAAUUACAGCGUAAGCCCGAAGUCGAGGUGCAGCAUCGCGACGCACAGACAAAGCAAGAAGAUUACUAUCGCUCUUUCCGUACACGUCUCAUUCUCUUUUGGAUCAUUUCAAACUUGAUCCUCGUGAUCUGCGUUACCAGUGCAACCGUGUUUGGCUGGUGGGGUGACUUUGACAGACGUAGCACUGUUUACCUUGGCUUCAUUCUAUGGUCCGUUGCCGGUUUAUCAGUCAUUCGAUUUUGUGGUGCCACCCUCUAUCUCAUUCUUAGGAUCUUUACUGGUUAA